AAUCGAAAAAGACUAGAAACUUCACUCAUUUUCUCUCUCUUUCCAUCCACAGUGGAGUACUACUCUAGUAACCAACACUUUUAACCCUUUCACAAAGACAAGUCCCAAAACUCAAAAUUCUCUCAAAACCACAUCCACAACCACCACCACCAUCACAAUUUAGAUCCCCAAUUCUCUCCCAAGAAAAUAUCAAAUCCACAUCAAAUGGCACUAAGCAACAACAUCACAGCACUUCUAAACUUCAUAGCACUACUCUGUUCAAUACCCAUAAUCGGUUCAGGAAUUUGGUUAUCAUCAAAACUAGACAACGAAUGCAUAAGUCUAUUCCGGUGGCCGAUCCUCUUCAUAGGAAUACUAAUCCUCUUUGUUUCUUUAGCUGGUUUCGUUGGUGCUUAUUGGAACAAACCAGGUCUUUUAGCUUGUCAUCUUUUCUGUAUGUCUAUUCUUAUUGUUGCUCUUCUGUUUGCCGUCGUCUUCGCGUUCAUCGUUACGAGACCGGACGGAAGUUAUAUAGUGCCCGGCAGAGGUUACAAAGAGUAUAAGCUUGAUGGGUUUAAUAAUUGGUUGCAGAAUUAUGUGAACAAAGGUGGGAAUUGGAGGAAAAUUAAGACUUGUCUUUCUGCUUCUAAUGUUUGUGAUAAGGUUUCUCAACAUAGUUAUAUCUCUGCCGAUCAGUUUUUCAUGUCUCAUGAUAUAUCUCCUCUUCAGUCAGGAUGCUGUAUGCCGCCUACAGUUUGCGGAUACGGGUACGUGAAUCCGAUCAUGUGGCUUAACCCGACGAAUCCAACAGCGGAUCCAGAUUGUUAUGCCUGGAACAAUGAUCAGUCUCAAUUGUGCUAUGGAUGCAAUUCUUGCAAAGCUGGUCUUUUGGGAAAUCUUAGAAAGGAAUGGAGGAAAGCUAAUGUGGUUUUGAUCAUUUCAGUGGUGAUACUAAUUGUUAUUUAUGUUAUUGGUUGUUGCGCUUUCAAGAAUGCACAGACCGAAGAUCUUUUCGAUAGGUACAAGCAAGGAUGGGUCUAAAUUGUAAGAGUAAGUCUAUUUUCAACUCUGCAAGAUUAUUUUUGGAGACGUGGUGCUAAGUUGAAAGAAAAAGGAAGUAUUGUUUUCACUCAAAGUUGAUGUACAUAUUGCUGAAAUUUGCUCUGGGCUCUAUUUGAAUUACACCAAUUUAUUUCUUUCAAAGGUGAUAAUGAAAGCUAGUGGAUUUCUAUUUUGGAGAAAGGUAUAUUUUGCUCCACCGAAGGUAUAAGAUGAGAAAAGAAUCCCCUUUUUCCAGCCGAAUAUGGUUCUUUAUUGUGGCCAUGUGGGUUUGUAGUUGAAAGUUUGUCUUGCUUUUAGUGCAGUGGUUGCAAGUUGCAAAUGAAUUAUUAGGCUUUAUAAUUUUACAAGGUCAAAAAUUGCUUUCUAGUUUGUAUGGUAUGGGCAAGUUUCCUUUUUCUUUCUCUGGUAGUUUGUUUUUCCUUUC